AUGAUCACGGUACUGGUGCGCGCAAGCGCUCAAGGUCCGGGAAUACCUGUCGUUCAGAUUUGUCAAACGUUUCCAAAGAAAGGAUCGGACGCAGCGGUGCUUUUACCAGAGCGCUUGUAA